UUGUAUUACUGUCCACUCGCUCGCCCCACGUUCGGCACAGGUGGCUGUUCCGUUCACAGCUUGCCGGGGUUUCCAUAUCUCCCGCAACUUGCAACUUCUCCAGGCCUCUCCAGGUAAUGCUUUCGGCCUUGCGGCAUCUGAUGGGAAACAUAGCCAAAGUAAGGCAGGAAUGGCUGUUUUCAGCUGUUACUGGGUCUUGCUCGAAUCAAUUGGCUCGCGUGCUCAACAGCACUCAGGACAAUUGCUCAUCCAAAUCCCAAAAAGAUGGCGACAUCCUGGUCCCCCGGCUUAUGUUUCCAUCGCUGUCAAGGUGUCAAGAGUCUUGGCACCAGAGCGGGUCGAAAAGUUCCAGGCUCGGUCCAGGCUCUUCUGUUUUUGAGCCGAUCUCCCGCUCAUCUACCUUCCUACCUUAUACAAUAGAUGAACCACGGCGACAGCUCCACUGCCCGGCGCAAUGUUAUCAGCAUCUCGACGUCCUAACAAGGUACCCUCGUAGCUGGAAGGUAGGGAUUGGUACGUCCAUGUACAAAACCUCGCGCUGUUUGUCUAUUCGUCCACUGCCUACAUGUGCACUAGGUGCGUACGUACAGCCAACGUCGCAUCGUGAGCUUCUGCUUCCACUUCUGCUUCCACUUCUGCUUCCACUCUGCUUCUCCAAGCCGCAUCGGUGGACAUGGAAAUAUGCCGCCCAUUCUUGGCCAUCUGCAUCUCCCCUCCCACGUAGCCUUGGCAACACUCACUUGGUCACAUAGCUCCUGUCCCUCAUGCUGAGGGGGAGGGCAUGGUCCUGGUCCUCUAGUCCUAUCGGAUGCUGUUUUUGCAGUUAAAGAAAUCCAAAAGUGCGAAAACGGCGCUGGGGUUCCUUAUCACCAAUUUCAUUCCCAUGCACACUGAGCAAGACUCGACAUAUGCGGGCGGCCUGUCAUGGCUGUUCCCAGUUUCUGUUGCAUCGGUCCAAGAGUCCGGGUAUCUCAGGUAUGUACCUUAGUUGUUGCUUUGAUGUAGCUGUAGUUCGAGAAAGACAAGAGAACAGACCUUGCCGUCCCAGCCCUGUUGUUAUCUAUCCGUCUUCGAUU